AUGACCCUCUUGCCCGUCCCCAUCGUCUUACGCAAUUACACGGGUAUUCACUGGUACAACAACCUCGCCAAACCCUCCUACUGCUACUCCAACAAGCCCCCGCCCUGGAUUCUGCACGCGCGGAGUUGCGAGACGUUUCUACCUUUGCGCAAGUUGAACAAAUCGGAUAAGCUUUUUUCGUAUACAGUUGGAUAUCAAUGUUUGAUUGCCGGUGUGCUCCACAAGUUUUUUGUCCAAGUCUCAAUGCCCAAGUCUGUCGCUAAUUGCACACCCGAUAUCGAGCACCGGAGCGAUCAAGAAGUGCUGUGCGAAGGAGAUGUUGGCUGCUCGUUGGGCGAACGCACUUUGAUGAACGAACUACUCGACGGCUCGGUCAGCGAAAGAGAACAUAAUGGGAGGGCUUGUCUCGAUGCGAGUGCGGGUCAGCAUGAUGGUAGUACGUGGACUAAUGCGAGUGUGCACACACGGAGCGCCGCCCUAUGUCAUGCGUCGAACUCCUUACAUGCGUCGAACUCCUUACAUGCGUCGAACUCCUUACAUGCGUCGAGUUCCUCCUCCUUGAAGGCGUCCAAUUCUUUUCAGACGGCUUCGAAUUCUUCCUUCAAGCCCUCGACUUCCUUUUGUGCCUCGAAGUCCCUAAAUCCUUCCAGGUCUCUAGAACCCUCCAAGUCGCCGCGGUCGGCCUCCUAUAAGUUCCCCAAGUCGCCGAAGUGGGUUAAAUCUUUGGCUGACCCCUCGCCCGCUCGCUUGGAGCGAGUCGAUUCUGCUCGAGCACCAGAAGCAGGCGGCAAUGGUGCUCGUGCUGUGAGGUACACGACGGCGGACUUGUUCGAAAUAACUGUGGUGGUGGCUGCGACGCCAGGUUCGUCGGUAAUGUCUUCGACAGGGCUCGCCUCACCCUCGAGUGGCUCGUCGCAGUCUGUGAUAUCAAUCUGGCCAACGGAGCUAGGAGUGCAAUACUUAGCGGAGGAGCUAGCCAAAGCGCGACUCACUCUGAGUCAGACACUGGCCAGCUGGACUCGUAACCUGAGCCAUACGCCCAUGGGUGCACCGGGAGAGCCGGAGAAUCCCCGUGAGGUGGAGAAGUUUUACAUGCUCGAGGAACCACUCGUGGUCGAUGGCAGCAGCUGCGAGCCUGAGCUGAUCUGCGGUCGAGUCAACAACGGCUCCGCCGAACUCUGCAACCUCCUCACCUCCAUUCCCGUGUACGUAUUGUACUAUACACUCAUGACCGUACUCUCCAUCACACUGCCGUACUCCCUACAGUGGUGUAUCGAGAACGAAAGCUGGAAGGAGACCCUCAAGGACAAGAAGGUCUCCGUCCAUUGCAAAAUUGUCAACAACACCAAGUACAAGCUCGUCGGUGGACAUCUGUACAGCGACCAAAUGGUUGAAAACAUCAAGGCCUCGAACAUCAAGUCGCUGGCACCCACCUCUGCUCUUGGCUCCGUGUUUGGUGGAGGCGGUUCCACCAUUGGGGGAAGUGGCGGUUCCAUCCUUGGGGGAGGAGCGGAAGGAAAUAUGGGUGGUGAGGACUCCAGCUGGAGCGCCGGCUACUUGGGUCCCACCGGUUCGACUCAGGCUCUCGCUAGUGAGUCAGGUGCUCAUGUCCCGCUGAAUGACUCUAAUCGCUGGAAAGAGCGGUCAAAAACUGCUGUCGUGCCCUCGGCGGCGGCUGCCAUAGGACAUAGCCCGAUGGACACUGCUUUCAGUAGAGCGUGGUCGACGAUGGACGUACCUCCGCAGAUGGAGGUACCCCCGCAGACGCCCAGUAAGCAAGUCCAUGAAAACAGCGGCAAAGUCAGUACGAAGGACUCUGCUACCCGACGGAGAAUGACAACUCCUACUGUCCCCUUACAGCACGAUGUCUUCGACAGCUUCUACCAUUGUGACUGUCCUUCUGGUGAUGGGGGCUUAGGCGAGCAUGGUGAGUGCUUUAUGAUCAACUUUCCGCUGUAUGAAGUUGGCCCGAUGAGCUUCACAGAGUUCGGAUUGGGAAGCAACAGGUUCAAUCUCCGCUCGCUCAAGUUGAACGUACUCUAUCAUGUCGUCGGACGAACCAGCAGCUACGACCAAAACGAGGACAUUCUGUUUAGCUGUCAUUUCACAGCUUCUCAGACGUCGACCAAAAUGAAGGGCGAUGGACAAAAUCUGCGCCACCCAGAGAAUCUGAAUCCACUGAGAGUUGAAGUGUACUUGGCACAACCUCCCUUGGCACCCUUGGAACAACCUCCCUCCUUCCGCACAGACUUUCUCAUGUUAGGGCCGCUGAAUCAUUGA